AGGCCAAUCCCAAUAUAUUCUUGCAAUUAAUCACACCAUUUGUAUAGUAAAGCACUAGUCCAAAGUAUGGCCAGAACUGCGGCGAGCACUGCACGGCAGUUGUUGGCGGCGAGUUUCUCCGGCAUGGUUUUCGGGUUUCUAGAAGACGGAGGUCAGGAAUUCAAGCAGAGUUACAGCAGCAGCGAUGGGAGUAGUCAAGAAAAUGAGGCAAUGUUCGAUAUCGAGGAUGAUCAUGAAGAGGCCGGAGAGGACGAAAAGGAUAAGAAGUUCUGGGACAACCAGAACCAGAUUUUAGAGGCAACGUUAUGCAGGACUAGUUCUCUAGAGACGAAGAUUAGGAGCGUGACAAAGGAAACGGUGAAGGAGUCGGGGGAGGCGGUGUGCGGUUGUGGGAAGGCGGCGAGUGGUUGCCGGAGCUGCCUUAUGAGGGAAGUUUCCGGCAGGCUUUGCAAUGCUGGUUACAACAGUGCCAUAUGCAAGUCCAAGUGGAGGAGUUCGCCGGAUAUUCCUUCAGGAGAGCACACAUUUUUGGAUGUGGUGGACAAUUCAAGCUCAAGGAAAGGAGAGGUGAGGGUGAUCAUAGAACUCAACUUCAGAGCCGAGUUUGAGAUGGCGAGAGCAAGCGACGAAUACAACACAUUGGUGCAACGACUUCCCGAAAUCUUUGUCGGCAAGGUCGAAAGACUUCAAAAUUUGAUCAAAAUUUUGUGUUCGGCUGCCAAGAAGUGUAUGAAGGAGAAGAAAAUGCACAUGGGGCCGUGGAGGAAGCAAAAGUACAUGCAAGCUAAAUGGCUUGGUGCCUGCAAGAGAACGACGUCAACACCGCCUUUGUCAAUGGGGCAAUCGGAUCAGCUGCGGCCGAGGCCGAAGGCAUCGAUGCUAACUGUUGAUUUGCUAGGAGAGAUGAUACCUAAUAUUCACUGCAAAGUGGUUGCAGUUUUGUGAUAUGUUAACAAGCGUACGUUUUGUUUAUGAUCUUUUUGCUAGCUGAUGAAGUAAUCCUUAGAAUAAAAAAAAAGUCGAAUUUCGAAUCGUAGUAUUUGCGAGUCUGUUUGCAUGUACAUAAUAUGUAUAGGAAAAAGAGUAAUCAUAUUGUCAUCCUUAAAUAAGGUUUGGUCUUAGCAGCAAUAAAUCAUCAUUUAUA